GGCAUGUCUAACCUUACAAGAGCAAAAGAAUAUUUGUCUCGAAUCUCUCGAAAGAGAAAAGCAGAAAAUAAAGUAAUUAAUGAAGAAUUUGAGAAAUUAGGAGAGCUCAAAUCUUUAUUUAGUGGAUAUUUCAACAGCGCGGGUAAGGAACCCAUAGAACAAAUCAAUGUAAAAUGUAUUCAACAUGUAAAUCAGACUUUGGGAAAAUUCAAAUCUGUUGAAACUGAUCAUAAUAGAAAGUUAUUGAAUCACCGUGAUCAAUGCUCUACGUUCUUACAACAUUGCUUAAAUGAAAGACGGUUGGAGAGGUUUCAACUGAAUUUAAACACGUAUGACGGUUUGACUUCUCUCUUAAAUAAAGAGGUAAAUACUAAUCUCGUGAAUUCCGGACUGAUUGUUAAAUCCAUUAUAUCCCAUCGGGAGGAAGAAAUACGCAGUAUCCAAAACCAAAUGAAGAACCUGAAGAAGGUAUUGGGCUCUACUGAAGAAUUAGAAAAAAUGGUUUCUGGUGCUUUGAAAUCGGUUGAAAGCUUUCUGUGGAAUGGAUUAUCAAAGAAAUCUACUAUCUGUGAUGACUUGAUAGAAGUUACGAAUAUAGUAUGUUCUGAAAAAGAAGAACUGAUGUCAAAAAUGCGUAAAGAGGUUGAUAGCUGUAAGGAGUUUAUUUAUGACAGCAUUAAAAUGAUAAAUGAAAAAAUGACUAAUCUAAAAACAAACGUUGUCAUUCUCAAUUCGAGCAUGGAAAAUAAAAAUAAAAAUAUGUCUUUCGCAAUUGAUGAGGCUUUUAAAGACAUUCUGGGAACGACUGGUAGAAAAACAUCUUUAGAAGUUCAAUCACAAAUAAUGGAAAUUGAAAAUAUUCGACUUGACCCAGAGAUUAUUAUUUUGUGCAAAGACAUGUACUCACAUCUCAUUAGCAACACUGAAAAAGAAAUUGAAACGAAUGAAAAAGUCUUAAAAGUAUUAAAUUCAUAUAAAAAAGGAUCGGAUGAAAAGGUUUGCUUUCAAAAUCUUUUAUUUUUUUCUAUUUGAGACGAUUUAAGGAAUGAUUAAUUCUGUUAUAAGUAUUUUUUAAAUACAUUGGCAAUAAAAAAUCCUCUGUA